AAAUAAAAUUGAAUUGAAUUGAAUUGAAUCAAAGGUAUACACACACACACACUCACAUACACACAUAUAUACACACAUACAUACACACACACACAUAUACACACACACACUGCAGAGACAGAUCAAAGGUAUAUACACACACACACUCACAUACACACACAUACACACAUACAUACACACAUACACACACACACACAUGCAUACACACAUAUAUACACACACAUAUACACACACAUACAUACACACACACAUAUACACACACACACACACACAUAUACACACACACACAUAUACACACACUGCAGAGACAGAUCAAAGAACUAAAAGAGGAGGUGGUGUAUUACGAUGCAUGUGAAGACCCUUUGGAGCUUCAGUGUAUGCAGACAGAUGCUAGCCCCGCCCACUCAGGUGGUAACUCCACCUACUCUCAUCUACAGCAACAGCUACUGCAACUGGACAGGAAGAGAGCAAUGACAUCAUCACGCAGAGCUACACUGCGCAACCGGAAGGAGAGGUGUGUAGAAGCACAUGAGCUCCAGCAGAGGGCAGCGCAGCAGAGAAUCACUCAACACCAACAACACCACGCUGUGCACCAGAAGCGAGAGAAGAAGAGGGAGGAGGAGGAGAAGAGGAAGGAGUGGGUGCAGAUGGAGAGAGAGAGAACACUCAGCCGACUCCGUUCCUUCAGAGAGAGAGGUCAGGGUCAGUUCAUGGUGAAAACCCAGUGCUCCAGCAAGCCCCGCCCUCCUGACCUUGCCAGCAAUGACUCUGACCAACCUAUGUCAAUCACACUGACUACACCUAGCCAAACGGGUAGCCACGCCCCCACGCUCAGAGGGAGGGGGCGGGGCCAGAAGCAGAGGGAUAUCCCAGUGCACAUUCUUUUACCCCCAUGUGCAGGAGGGGUGGGGCAAGAGCAGACGUUAACUCCUCCCCUUCACCCACCUCCUCCCCCUCCUCCUCCUCCCCUUCACCUGCCUCCUCCCCCUCCUCCACCUCCGCCCCCUGCAGUAGCACCACCCCUUCUAUCAGCCCCGCCUCUUCCACUCAAGGACAAAGAACUGUCUGGAAUUCCUACCGCAGGAUCGAUGGACGACGUUCUGGCGUCGCUGCAGAGGGGGCGUGUUCACCUGCGUAAGGUCACGCCCAAUCCUCAAAGCGUUUCCAAGGAGGCCGGAAACUUUAGAGACAGUUUGCUAUCAGCUAUCCGUCAGGGCGUGACCUUAAAGAAAACCCCGCCCCUUGCAGGCCCCACCCGCUCUCAUGACUCUGAGCUGGAGCUAAGCAUCAAGGCGGCCAUGAUGAGGAUGAAGAACGUCUCUAACGAGUCUGACGACGAAGAACGUCCACACACACCGCUGGAAGAGUGGGACAGCUAGGAGUGUACACACACACACACACACACACACACACACACACACACACAGGGCGAUACUGUGUUUAAAAAUGUAGCCAUGUGAAUGUUAUGAAAAAAACGAAUAUAGCACUUUAAACUACACUAGAAAGAAAAGAAUGGAAUGAAAUUGACUGUAUUUUGGGGUUUGAUUUUUUUCCCUUUUGUGUUUAUUUACAUCAGAAAUCAAUCUGUAGAGUCAGAUGGAGUUUAAUGAGAUACUGAGGGUUAUUUUAAUAAUUAAAGUUAUGGGGAAAGCUGGCUAGAUAAAACCUCAAUCAGCUCAUGAGCUUCUCUUUCCUUUUUUCAGCAUUAUUUUGGCGUUUUGAACUUUCAUUUUAACUUUAAUGAAGUUUCAGUAAUUAUUUUAAUAAAAUAUACCAACUUCUUGUG